AUGCCCGCCAGCAUGUUCAGCAUCGACAACAUCCUGGCCGCCCGGCCGCGCUGCAAGGACUCGGUGCUGCCGGUGGCGCCCAGCGCCGCGGCUCCGGUCGUCUUCCCGGCCCUGCACGGGGACUCGCUCUACGGCGGCGGCGGCCCCUCCUCGGAUUAUGGCGCCUUCUACCCGCGCCCCGUGGCCCCCAGCGGUGCGGGCCUCCCGGCCGCGGUCGGCGGCUCCCGCCUCGGCUACAACAACUACUUCUACGGGCAGCUGCACGUGCAGGCGGCGCCCGUGGGCCCGGCCUGCUGCGGGGCCGUGGCGCCGCUGGGCGCCCAGCAGUGCUCCUGCGUCCCGACGCCCCCAGCCUACGAGGGCCCCGGCUCGGUGCUGGUGUCCCCGGUGCCGCACCAGAUGCUGCCCUACAUGAAUGUGGGCACACUGUCACGCACCGAGCUGCAGCUCCUCAACCAGCUGCACUGCCGGCGAAAGCGGCGGCACCGCACCAUUUUCACCGAUGAGCAGCUCGAAGCGCUGGAGAACCUCUUCCAGGAGACCAAGUACCCGGACGUGGGCACGCGCGAGCAGCUGGCCCGGAAAGUGCAUCUCCGCGAGGAGAAAGUGGAGGUCUGGUUUAAGAACCGCCGUGCCAAGUGGAGGCGGCAGAAGCGGUCCUCCUCGGAGGAGUCGGAAAACGCCGAGAAGUGGAACAAGACGACGUCGAAAGCGUCGCCCGAGAAGAGGGAAGAGGAAGGGAAAAGCGAUUUGGACUCGGACAGCUGA